CUCAAUAUGGAUCGACGCCUUAUGUCACUGGUCGUGGCCAUGGUGCUGUUUAGCGUUGGGCCUAAGGCGACAGUAGAUGGCGCUGCUACUCCCGAAGAGCUUGACAAAAAGCUGGAACCUCAUUUGGACUCCACAACACCGUUUCCAGAAGGACCAGGCGUACUUGCGGAUUCUGUCUGUUUGGCUCACGGCGAUGUUAGGUACGACACUUUCGAUCACAAAACCUUUGCGUACAACUCUCCUGUUGGUCAAUACGGCGUAAUGUUCUUGCCCUGGAGAGGUAACCGCACGUGGGUGAUGACGGAGCAUGAGUUACGUAAACCAGGUGACGUGGCCACACGCAUCAAAGAAGUAUACGUGAAGUUUCCAAUUGAUCUUUACUUCAGAGCUACAUUGGGGUCGGAUGUCGACUUGUUUGUUUGGUUUGGCGGUGCAUGGCUUCCCAUAGGUAUCCCAGACUUACCAAAAAUGUAUUUCUCUGCCGAUGGUGAUGUUCGGGUUUCUUAUUAUGGCAUAGAAAAAACCUACGAGAUUCAGAGCACCAUGUUCCCCUACCUGUAUGUUGCUGUCCAUCGGCACAGUGUUAAGAUAUAUGCAGACGGCUGGUGGGCCGCCGGUGGUCUAGAUGCAAUACGUGGUAUUUGCGGGGACUUCAAUGGCAACCCGGACAACGACUGUGUUAAUUUGGAGGCACCUGCUCCCUUCCAGAACUGGACACCUUUCUUAAUUUGAAUCUUGGACGAAUUCUGACAAAGUUUGAAUGCUGACGAUGAUAAAAGAGACAUGAACAAGGAUAAAUUAAACAUGAAAUAGGACAAAGAAAACGUGUAGGUAAACAGAGAUGACAGACCGGAGUGAAAUCCAUAAGAAUACGAUCAAUGAAAAUGGGGAACGCGAACUGCAAUUUCAUUUAACAAAAAUGCCUGAUUCUUGGAUCUUUAUAAUUAAGUCACUUUUUGAUUUAAUUAUGCACAUUGACAUUCAAUUACGGUAGAAUGAUUGGUCAGUUAUACUGUAUAUGCCAAUGGGGUCUUUUUUGUUGUCAUGAUAUUAAUACAUUUAUUUAUUUAUUUAUUUUUUUUUUGAAAUAGACAGGGUGCUUAUGGUAAAUUAUUUGUUGGGCAUAUAAUGUAUGUGGCUGUUUAAUAUCUUAUUUUUCCAUAACAUGUUUAUUGGAAUGUGGACUAAAUUAGUAUUUACAUUUGAUAUAUUAGAGGGAUUCAAAUUAAAACAUUCUUUUAAGUAAACAAUUUUGAAUGGACAGAAUAUUUGUGGUAAGUAAAUGUGAUAUUGAGGCAAUGUUUUUAAAUGUGGAAUUCUUCAAGUGAGGGAAAAUGGCAUAUAUUUUUAGGUCUCAAUAAUUUACCUUGGUAUAUACAUAUGUAUUUAUUAGUCUUAAUAGGAAUGUUUCUGUUCACCAUAUUUAUGUUGGAUUUUGAUUGGAAUGUUUCUUUAGUUAUUAGUUAUAGCGAAGGACUGGUUUAUUUCCUGUUCCACAUUAUUUUGCCAAGGCGGGGAGCUUAUGUGUGUAUAACAUAUACGAGUUUAUGGUGUUUAUUUUUAUUCAAACGUAGACAUAAUUAUUAAUUAUUGUAUGACAUAUAAGAGGGAUUUAAAUUUAAAACUUCAAUCAAAUGUAACAAUCUUUAAUGCAUGAACGUGUUAAGUGAGAGGGUUAGAGAGAUAUUCUGAAGUUCUGUGUGCUAAUUUCUAAUAUUUAA